AUGCUUCUUAUUUCCAGAUAUGAUGGCCGUGAGGUGGUUCUCACUAGCUACAAAGAUAUGGAAUUCGGUGCAGGUGAUGAGUUGUACUCUUCCCUCGGCUAUGGCAACAAUGUGCAAUAUAUACAACCAGAUGGAAUUAAUCCUUACGAUGACAGCGGCUCUAGAUCUUCUCAUAUGUCAUCAUGGAAAAAUAAAAUUCUUCGUUCUUCACAUCCACGUGAUUCACCAUCACUUAGCAGCCUGAAUGCACUACGUACCAAUACCAUCAUCGAUGCUUCUCGAAGGGAGGCACAUUUGGCUCCAAGAAUGCAUUCCGCAAUGACAGAUAAGAAUAGUACAUCUAUGAAGGACAAAAUUAAUGAUUCUCCGCGGAAUUUGCUAAAUCUGGCCUCUCAAAGAAAAGCGAUUUCUCGUUUGGGGGACGAUUUAGCUAACAAAGAUUCGCAGUCGCAGCUGUUUUGGAAAAUUCGCCGAGAUCGGCAAAUAAUUGGACCAAGUCCUCCACAAAGAACAGCACUAAUGAAUCCCUUAAUUGUCGCCCCUGAUGGCAAUCUGGGAAGCGAGCUGAGUUCAUUUACCAACGGGAAUGGUCGAGGCAAGUCUGAUCGAAGCAGGCGAGCGGUCGCGCCACCUAGUCAGCAGCCAUCAGUGCAGUGGAUAAUCAACCAGCGAAAAUUGAGAGGCCCACCUGGACGUCUUCAACGCCGACCAUAG